AUGGCAGGAACAUUUCCACACAACGACCGGAUCGAGCCCGGCUCGGUGAACCUUCCCGCCCGCCCGUAUCCCCCAACAGUUCGCUCGACAUCAGUCGAUGCGGGGAAGGUGGCGGCAGAGGCCAUCGACGCCUUCAACGCCGCGCUGCGGUCCAAGAACUACGACGCGCUCGCCGACCUCUUCGUCGCGGACGGCUACUGGCGCGACCACCUGUGUCUGUCAUGGGACCUGCGAACCCUCAAGGGCAGGGAAAAGAUUGCAAAGUUCCUCGCCGACCGGUGCAGGUUGACCGAGGUCCUCGUCGACACCUCGACCGAGUACCGAGCUCCUCACCUCGCUCCCCUCGACGCCCACGGCAACGUCCUCUGCGUCCAGUUCUUCAUUUCUUCAAACACCAAAGUCGGUCCCGGCCAAGGCGUGGUGCGGAUGGUGGAGUCUGGUGGCAAAUGGGAGAUUCUCACAUUCUUCACCGUCCUGAGAGAGUUGAAGGGACACGAAGAACCAUUGAAGCACCGCCGCGAGAAGGGUGUUGAGCAUGUUGGUAUUCGAGACGGAAAGAACUGGAAGGAGAAGAGGGAAGACGCAAUCAACUAUACGGACACUGAGCCUACGGUUGUGAUUAUUGGUGGCGGCCAAGCUGGUCUUACCGUGGCCGCGCGUCUGAAGAUGCUCAACGUGAACGCCUUGGUGGUUGACAAACACGGCCGAGUCGGCGAUAGCUGGCGUAAAAGAUAUCACCAGCUCGUGUUACACGACCCCGUCUGGUACGACCAUCUUCCUUAUUUGGAAUUUCCCGCAAACUGGCCCAUAUUCACGCCGAAAGACAAGAUCGCCGAGUUCUUCGAGUCGUACGCAAAACUCCUCGAGCUGAACGUUUGGACAUCGACGACGAUGACAAAGUCGUCUUGGGACGACUCAAAGAGGCAAUGGACACUCACACUAGACCGCCAAAAGUCCGACGGCACUCGGGAGACGCGAGUAUUGCACCCUCGUCACGUCAUCCAGGCGACCGGCCACUCCGGCAAGAUGUUCUUCCCCGACAUCAAGGGCAUGAGCGGCUUCAAGGGCGACAGGUUGUGCCACAGCUCUGAGUUCUCGGGGGCAAAGCCCAACUCCAAGGGCAAGAAGGCGAUUGUUGUCGGCUCGUGUAACUCGGGCCACGACAUCGCGCAAGACUUCUACGAGAACGGGUAUGACGUGACCAUGGUCCAGCGCAGCUCUACCUGCGUCGUCUCGUCGUCCUCCAUCACGGACAUCGGGUUGAAGGGACUGUACGACGAAGACUCGCCGCCAGUCGACGACGCAGACCUCUGGCUGUGGAGCCUACCUGCCGAGCUGUUCAAGUCUCUCCAGACCGGCGUCACGGAGCUGCAAAACGCCAACGACGCCAAGCUGCUCCAGGGCCUGCAGAAAGCCGGCUUCCAGCUCGACAUGGGCCCGAACGGCGGCGGCUUCUUCGUGAAAUACUUCCAGCGGGGCGGCGGGUACUACAUCGACGUCGGCUGCAGCCAGCUCAUCAUCGACGGCGAGAUCAAGAUCAAGCAGGGACAGGAGAUCACCGAGGUGCUCCCGCGCGGGCUCCGCUUCGCCGACGGCACGGAGCUGGAGGCGGACGAGAUCAUCUUCGCGACGGGAUACCAGAACAUGAGGACGGAGGCGCGCAACAUCUUUGGCGACGAGGUCGCCGACAGGGUCGGGGACGUCUGGGGCUUCGACGAGGAGGGCGAGUUCAGGACGAUGUGGCGGCGCAACGAGCACCUCCCCGGAUUCUGGUUUAUGGGGGGUAACCUCGCCAUCUGCAGAUACUUCUCCAAGAUCCUGGCGAUGCAGAUCAAGGCCGUGGAAGAGGGGAUUGACCAGUCCGAGCAGUCGAGCCCCUCGCCAAGGCUUUAG